CACAUCCAGGAGCUACAAGUACUGUAAAUGGAUGAUAUAUCGCUUAUACAUGACCUCCAUAUCCCUCAAGCGCGUCUUUGCACUACCAAUCACUCCUUCAUGGCUUCAAUGUAUCAGUAAUGUUUAUAGAGACGACCCCCAAUCCGGCCAUGGAAUUUCAUGAAGUUACUGACGAAGAGUGCACAGACUUAAAUGUAUUGUUGAAGAUGAAGUGCAAGAAUCUACUAAUUGAAAUAGAUCGUCUAGAAGGACGAUGGAUGAUGCUGAGGUUUUCAUACCUCACGAUAGUCUUCCUACCAGCAAGUUUCAUUGCGGUAAUCAUAGAGAUCUUUUGUACAGAAACUUUCUGACUGCGUAUGUCUUCAGUCCAUCUUUGGGAUGAAUGUCAAAGAGAUCAAACAAUGGGACUCAAACAC